CCCAACCUGCUACAAUCCUGACCCUGCACAUCUCAUGCAUCGACUAAUAUGAGCUCGGUUCUUAUCAUUCUUGUUGUUUUUUCAAUACACUUUUAGACGCCGCUAUCUAGCUACAAAGAACGAAUACCUGGGGCCAUGAGGUCUCUUUCCUUCCUCAUCGGCUUAGCCGUUGCUAUCCAAGCGUCUCGUGGGUCUGCCAUUCCUUGAACCAAAGAAUUGCUUUGUGAGGAAGUUCAUCUAACAAUUUGAAAAUUAGAUCCAGGCAUAGAUGUCACUAUGAACAGCCCGGAACCAGAAAUGCUCAUUCCUCGCGCGAUUCCUAAUGCCCCAACGGAUAUGCUCCAACCGAGGUCGAGUGCCCGAAUCCCCGGCCCAGUGUUCGCAAUGCCGCGACUCUGUCACCGAGCGAGCUCAAUUAGCCCAAGUUGCGCCGACAGAAGACACUCGCAGCCAUGAAGGACUUCUCCGGCCAUGUGCACGUGAAGGAUUUUGAUGCCGUAUCCUAUCUCGAACGGGUGGCCAGCCCACCCAACGUCGAUAUCGCCGUGUCCGGUGGAGGGUAUCGUGCGUUGAUGAACGGAGCCGGAGCCCUCAAGGCCUUUGAUAGCCGCACCUCGGCCACAUCCCUGUCGGGUCUGAGUGGUGGCGGGUGGCUGUUGGGCUCCCUCUACCUCAACAAUCUCACCUCCGUUUCGUCGCUGCAGACGGACAAUUUAAGGACUCCCUGGGAGUCUCUGAAUUCCAUGCUCGAAGGUCCCGACGAUGGAGGAGCACUUUUGUCCUAUGCCAGAAACAUGGCACAGAAUAGUGAUGCGGGCUAUCCGACCACCAUCACGGAAUUCUGGACACAGUCAGGAAGCCGACUGGCCGACCUGCGUCGGGUGCGCCGCGCUGCACCGCGCGCUGCUGCGCACCAAUACCUCCGUGCCCGAGGCUGUGGGGUCUGGUAUUGCCGGUGGUGCUUGCGGGGCUUCUGGGGCAGGUUGGGCUGUUUUGAUUUUUGGGGCUGGGAAGCUGAUGUAAAGGGCGAUAGACAGUGUUCUUAUUCGGAUGUCACUACACGGAAUCUCAAUGUUAUAUGA